CCUUCAGUCACACAGCUUUGUAUAUCUUUAGUUUAACAAGCAUCUUCCCAAAGUCACUCAAAGCUGAAUUUUUUAUCCCAGUAUCUAUAAAGGCCAGAUCUCAUAUCUUGGCCAUCAGUUUGUUGCUUUCUUUCUUUUUUGCAUUCUCCCUCUUUUCAUCUAUUUCUUGGAUCACUCCUCAGAUUAAAAAAAAAAAAGAAAUCCUCUUGAUCUCCCCGCAUCUGGUGUUUCCCCUUUUCAAACAGAAUCGUUUCAUCUUGAAAACACCAUCUCUCUUCUGUUUUGCAUACACUAGGUGAGAGCACAGGAAGGGAGAAAUGACCGCAAAGUGACUUGGAUAUUAUUUCUAGAGAACAAAGACAAAAAUCCUCCCACUUUUCCCCCUGCUUGCUGCUCAGCGAGGAAGCCCAAAGAAUUGAGAUGCAUCAGGAGUAAGGCGAAAAAAAUCAGACAGGGUCUCCCUCAGCCGGAGACUGACCAAGAGAUCGCUGUUGACAAGAGAUUGGCAGGUCAGUGAGGAGAAGAGAAUACACCUCAAACCAACUGUGCUCAGCCACGCUUCAGACCAAAAAAAAAAAAAGUUCGCAGAACGAUGGAAGCACUUGUUAAACAAAUGAUGCAUUGGGUGCUUCCCUGCUUUCUCUCAAAGAGCCAGCGGGAAUAUGUGACGGGAAGGAAGCGAAGGAACCAGGGUCUGCCUGCCUUUAAUCUCCCCUACGACCACGUCGAUCAGACAGGUAGCUCUGCAAAGAGAGCGCAGGACGCAGAGAGCGAGCCCGCGGGGACCCUCCGCGGGGCUGGCUGCAGAGCGCGCCAGGGUUGCUCCUGGCGGCCAGGGGAAGGGCUGGGGCCCGGCGGGCUCACCUUGGUACUCGCAGGGGCGCACGGCGGCAGCCCUGGGAGGCAGGGGGCUGUUCCUAAAGAGGCGAGUUAGGAGGGUAAGGAUUGCCAUCCUGCAGCGAUUUCCCUGUGUCAUGGCUCCUGUUUCCUAGCAACAGCCCCGAGUCCGGCCGCCACCGCGGCGGCUGCCGGAGCACCGCUCGAGAGCCGCGGCUGCAGAAAGCAGCAAGUCCCCCAGGCUGGCAAAGCAACUAGCCGCCGCCACCGCCUCAGACCGGAGGAGGAGGCUGCAUCGGGCAGGGGCCACGAACAAAAGCAGGGAAGGAUGACGGAUGGAGAAGGCUCAGCACUUCUAGGCAACUCCUUGGAAUGGCUCUGGCCGGGGGCUCCGAGGGGGCUGACGAGAUCGGGUCCAUCCCUCCCGCCUUCCCGGCUGGGAUUAUGAGCCAGGGCGAGAUUACGGAUCUGCAGGGGCUGUGUUUGCGCUGAGAUGUCCACUCGGGCUGGAAAGUUUCUCCAUGGUUUCUUUAUGGUGCCUGAGCUCCUCGCUGCCAGCUUUGAUUCCCUCCCCGCCCAGUCUUCCUGGGCAGCUGUCCAGAUGAUGUACCCAUACCGUAAGCAGAAGAGGAUGGGUUUCUAGAUCACUGCUGCUAAAAUACGAAGGAAAUGAUCUGGAAGAAGCUUCCAAAAGGAGCUGGAGCCGCUCUAGGGAGCAGUGCCCCGGGUAGCCAGCCAUGAUCGCCACUGGAGGCCUCCUGAGGAUCUCGGCCAGGAAACAGGACCCCCUGCGACCCCAAAGCCAGGCCCCCAGACGCAAACGCAAAGCCAAAAAGAAGCGCAAGAACGACGUGGUGGUGGUGAAGGGCAAGCUGAAGCUGUGCUCCCCCUCGGGGCUCCUCGCCCUCUGCGGCAUCCUGGUGCUGCUGGUGGGCAUCGCCUUGGCCGUGGUGGGCUACUGGCCCAAAGCCAGCCCCGUCUACCGGGAGGGCAGCUUCGGGGGGAGCAAGCACCUGCCCGCGCAGGGCGGCGCCACCAAAAACCGCUCCAGCGGGGGCCCGGCGGGGGCGCAAGGGGGAUCCCCCCCGGACACCCCCGGAGCCAACGCCUCCUCCUCCAGCAGCAGCCGGGGGCCCCCCCGCGCCGCGCCGGCCCCUUCCUCGGUGGGUUUCCUCUUCCAGCUCUUCUCGGGCUACCUGCACUCGGACAAGCUCAAGGUGCUGGGCCCCCUGAUCAUGGGCAUCGGCAUCUUCCUCUUCAUCUGCGCCAACGCGGUGCUGCACGAGAACCGCGACCGCAAGACCAAGAUCAUCAACCUGCGGGACCUCUACUCCACCGUCAUCGACGCGCACGGCCUGCGGGCCAAGGAGGGCGGGGGCCCGGCCGCCGCCCCGCUCAAUGGCUUCGUCAGCUACGUGCAGCAGGCCCGGGGGCUGGGCGGCGGGGGGGAAGCCUUGGGCGCCGCGGCCAGGCUGGCCCAGAGCUCCUGGCCCCCGGCGCCCCGCCGCUCCUCCUUCUGCAGCCUGGCCGAGGCCGUCUACAGCAUCCCCCGGGAGCGGGCCGCGCUGGGCGCCGCCACCCCGCCCUGCGGCCCCGCGCCCGGCUGGGGCCGGCGCAGCGCCGCCAGCUCGCUGGUGGGCUCCUCGCUCAGCGCCUUCCCGCUGCUGCCGCUGGGCCAGGCCGAGGGGGCGGGCGGGGAGAGCUGCGGCUGGCGGCGGCCGCGGGGCGAGUGGGAGCGGAGCCUGAGCGAGCUCGGCGGCGGCAGCCCCCUAGGGCCCGGGCGGGGGCGCCGGCACACGCGGGUGCCGAGGCGCCAGAGCACAAGCUGCCUGCCUGACGCCCGGCGGCCCCUCUGCCCUGGCCCCGCUCAGACUCGGGCUAGCAGCGGGGAGCUGGACUCCACCAGCCUUUCGGCCAAGGCGGCUUCUCCCACCUACUCCAGAUCUCCGGAUCUGGGCGGCUCGCCUCCCGUCACGCCGCCUGGGGUCAGCCUGGGGAGAGGCUCCCAGCCUGACCCCUCCGGCAGCAAUAAGGGCUACACCCACCCGGAGCAGGCAGCCACCUCCUUGGAGUCUGUUGCCCACACUCCGGCCCGUAAAAGCCAGGACAGCGAGGAGGACCCCAAAGGGGAGAUCGGCCCCCUAGAGGGAGCCAGCAACGAAGAAACAGCGCAGCGUCCUCGGCAAAUCCAGAGACAAUACACAAAUAAAGAGAAGCUCUUCAUGAUUUCCAGGUCGCACGCCCCGGCGGGGCUGGAGGAUGGGGAACGGGAAAGCACGGGCGUUUGAACAAACAGAGAAAGCACCAGGGCAGCGUGCAAGCCCUCUGCCUCCUUGUGGACGGGACCCGGUCAAUAGCCAAAGAGCUGCACUGUGUUAUCCUUGAAUUGCAUUCAAUAAAUGCCUGUGGAUGACACCACGAAACAAAAAAUCUUUCUGUCCGAUUGUGAUUGUAUGUUCCAUGCAAACCAAAUUGUAUUAAACAUCAAUAGUCCAGCAAGUUCUUCGAAGCAAAAGAAUACAAUUUUGGACAACGUAACUGUACACUUCAUAGUUUUUAUUUCUAAGUCCUCUUCCCCCCCCCCCCUUCCUUGGGUACUCUGAUGCUGGUUUGUCGCUAACUGCUUCAAAACCACCAGCUCCUGUCCUAGCUCCAGCGCAAGGUGGUUUUCCUUCAGCAAACUGAGCUCUCCCCCUUUGUUUUGGUUAAAUCACUCAAAGUUUGCAGGGCCUUAUGGAUGAAGUAUCUUCACAAAGAACACUCUUACAGGCAUUUCUUUAAAAUCUGGAAAGGUGACAAGGGAGGAGAGAGUGGAGCUGGACAAAGCUCUGAUAAUCUAAUUGGAACUGUUACAGUCUUAAAUUAGAGACCUAAUAAGACAGGAUACUUUAUUAAGUGUUAUCACACAUGUACUAAUAGCAUUAAUCACAUUUUUAAAUAAAAAUGUUUAAUCAUUUUAAAACAGUUCUCCCCCUAUAGUGCUUACAGAUCAAAUAAGACUUUUGUAUCAAAAUACUAAGUAUUACAGAUUAGGUAUAAAGGACAAAGGUUUGUUUAUGUUGCUUUUGACAUGGUAAUAGUAAUUUAGUAAUAUUUUCAAAACAAAGAUAUUGGGUUCAAUAGCUGAGCACACUGCACUUUAGUACAAGCAGCAGAUUCUGCCUCUAUUUCUAACCCGUGUUUAAUUGGAAUUUAAGAUGGUAAGGAAUCAGAGAUUUCGAGAUUCUAAAGAGAAAAAUUGAGUAAGGUUUUACCUUCCAUUAAAAUUUGAUUUUUCACAAGUAAUACAUUAAUCUCAGAAACAGUGGCCCAUACUUUGUAGAUCUUCAACUUCCCCAAGAACAGUCAAUGUAAGAAUAAGUUUUUCUACAAUUAAGGCUCCAGUCUUGCAAACACUUACGCACAUGCGUACCUUUCAGGAUGCAAAUAGUCCUAUUAUACUCUGUGGGUGAAAUUCUGCCCCCAUUGAAUUAUAUCAGAGUUUUGCCAUUGACUUCAAUGGAGACAGGAUUUCACCUUGAGUGAGUAAAAUACCAUGUUUCCUGAUGGUUGGACUAUAUAUAUGAUACAUGAAUCAAACAGCUAUUUGGUAACUGGGAAUUAUUUAACUUUAAUAAUUACAAUAAGACUGGCAUUUGCUUAAUUAACUAGAAAAAUCUCUUUCAACUCCCAAUUUCAGAUACCAACAACAUUUUCUAUUUCAAAUAUACAUUUAAUAUGCAUAUGAUGUUUCAUUAUGUUAACCACAGAGUUAUUGAAGUUAAACAUUAUGAUAUGUAAGUAGUGCAUUGGUUUUCUCUCUCAAUUAAGGUUUCCAUAAUAGAUUAGUAUUUAGUACAUAUCUAAUAAUUAAAUAUAGGUACAAUAUAAUAAAUAUACUGAUCAUUACAUUUGAUUGUGAAGAGUGAACAGCAACAAUAAUUACUAAAUAUAAAAAUGAAUAAUUUUUAAAAUAUCAGAUAGAUAAGAGACUGCCAUCUUGAGGCUCUACAAUUUUCCAAUGAGGAAAUGAAGUUCCCUUUUGCAACAGAAAGGCACAAGCAUCACAGCCUCAUGUACUGUCAAUGGCAACCAAGAAAAGUAUCCAUAUGAACUUUGUUUAAGCAUUGUUUUUGUUAAACUGCUAUCUAAUGUUGUUUAGCCAGCCAGUGUGGAAGUGACCAAAAUAUGUUUUAAAACUAUGUGCAUAGGCUGGAACAUGAAUUUUAUUUACAAAAAGAUAAACAAACAAACAUGUCUAGGCCCUGCAUAGAGUGGGCAGCUUAACAGUGUUAGAAGGCAGUUUAAUCAGAAUUGAUUUCAUCAUGAUUAUUUCUGGCUCAACAUUUGGCCUGACAGUUAGAAGGAAAUUUCUGUUCUGUGCUUUUUCCCAUGAUUUUCAGCAGACAUCUAAUGAAAUAUCAGGAAAAGGUAAUCAGGCACUGAGAGAGGGAUGCUAGUUAUACACAGUUAUGGAGAUUUGCUUUGAUCCUGUCUGGGAAGGUGCCAGUUCAAAUCCACAUGGGUGCAGAGCAAGAGUCUACCCACCAAAUCUCAUUGCAGGGUUGGGACCAUAGUGGAAAAAUAACAGAUUUUUUAAAAAAUAAACCUGAAAAAAAUCAUAUUAUAUAUACUGUUUCUAUUUUCAUUCAGUAAAAGUUUAUCCAGCCAUCUAAGCUAUAACAAUCACUUUUAUUUAAAGAUAACACAAGAUGCGACCCAAACCUUUUAUUUGAUUAGAAGGAAAGUACUUUUAAAUUGCUGGGCUAGUGUGUGGGGGCUUUUUUCUUUUUGUCAGACCGUGAGAGAGUAUUUUAUUUCAUUGAAAUUAUUAUUAAAUUUGUUACCUGUAUUUGAGAAUCUGUUAAAUGUGUCAAAAUACAAUCAGGAAGCCUUUUGAAAUAGCGCUGCUCAAUUUCAAUGAUCACCCUUUUCAAUAAGUACUGUUUUAGACUUCUCCUAGGUUGCCGAACAUAUUGAACAACAGAAUGUUUGUAUGCAGAACUGAGCUUGAUCAAUGAAAUUCCACUUCAGUGGCUAGUAGAGCUGAGUGAAUAAUUUGUAGCAAUUAAUUUAAUAAACAGAUGAAGCCUUUUUUCCA